AUGCAUCCACAUUCGCACUUACCGCCGCCACAGGGCUCCGGCAGCGCUAUGGUUGCGGCUCGCGCAAUUGUUAAGAGUGAGCAGCAGCAACAUUCGCUGGCUACAGAACCGAGCGACCUUAAUGGUUCUGCCGGUGUCAUUCCAGGCUCAUGUUCUCUGUCUGUGACUGAUGCAACACCAAUCGUUAUCAGUCCGCGUACAGGAAAGCCCAAACGACGAAAAGCUACGCGUGCAUGCAUUCACUGCCAGCGUACACAUCUCACCUGCGACAACAGCCGACCUUGCGAGCGUUGUGUAGCUCGCGGCCUAGCUGAUACCUGUCGUGAUGGCGUUCGAAAAAAGGCCAAAUAUCUGGCUGACGUUCCUGAGGCUGUUGCCAACUCUGAAGAAUCUUUAAAAUUUGACCCGCGGUACAAUGCCAAACCUGUUACUGGUAAGCGCAAGGCUGCUGUUGCUGCAACAUCCUCAGGUUCUGCUUCAGGUUCUUCAGACACUCGACCUGUAAAGAAUAGAAAAUCAGAUAUUACGCAACAGCAACAGCAACAGCAACAGCAACAGCAACAGCAACAGCCACAACCACAACCACAACCACAACCACAGCAGCAACAGCAACAGCAACAGCAACAGCAACAGCAACAGCAACAGCAACAGCAACAGCAACAGCAACAGCAACAGCAACAGCAACAGCAACAGCAACAGCAACAGCAACAGCAACAGCAACAGCAACAGCAACAGCAACAGCAACAGCAACAGCAACAGCAACAGCAACAGCAACAGCAACAGCAACAGCAGGAACAGCAACCAUUGCAACAGUCACAAUCAAAGUCCACAGAUGUGCCAAAGACAGAUUUGUCCGAAUCUAUACCACGACUGCUCAAGACCGGAACAGGCAGGGCCGACCCGGAAAACGUCCCAAAUACCAACAUUAACAAUACCCACAAUAAUCCCCUUUCAGGUAUAUCACUUUCAUCUUCAUCCGAGCCAUCUUCAUCUUUUGGUGAUAUUUCUCUUCUCAAACCUAUAUCUUUUACAGACCCUAAGAUCUCACAACCAGCUCUCGACUCAAACUCUGAUCAGAACAAGCAGCAAUCAGGAAGCCCAGUUGGACAACAAAAUGCAUCAUCAAGUCUUGGGCUUAGCAUCAAUACAGCAUCAACGUCUCCAUUUAACUCGCUUCUGGCACCAAUGGAGCAACAACAGCAACAGCAACAGCAGCUGCAGCAGCAACCACAACUAUCCCAAUCCCAACACUCGUCUUUACAAACUUCUCAAGCGCAACAGCCGCAGCAGUCUACACAAAUCCUGGGCGAUAACCCAGCAGACACAAUGCUUUUAAUGCCAACAUCCACACCAGGCUCCACCAAUACUCCAGGAUCUGGAAUUAACACGUCGUCGUUAGCAGGUCUUGCAGAUGCUGCUGCUAGUCAUGAUUUGUCUAAUAAUUCUAAUAACAACGACAACAUUAACAAUAAUGAUAAUGAUAAUAAUAAUAACAGUAAUAAUAGUAAUAAUUACAACAACAGUGGACCGACUAACAAUGCCCAAAGAUCUAACAACCCGCAACAGCCGACACCUAUUGUCAAUCUCAACGAUCCUAACACAUGGCUCUACAACUUACGCCCGUCUCGCCACAACUUCCAGUCUAUGGCUGUUAACAUGGAGUACUCAAUCAUAAGUAACAUCAUUAACAAUACCCCAUAUGGCUCAGACCUCGGCUCAGUCUCUGUUGUGCCCUCUAAUGCGGCUACAGGCGUUCCAGGGGCCUCCUCAGCAUACUCCCCAUCACUUUCUAGCACUGGUGAUGAUUCACCAUCCUUGGGUAAACAAAACAAUGAUAUUUAUGGUACCCCAACCAAUCCAGGUAGUGCCGGUAGCACCAGUAGUCACCCUGGAGUUGGAGGGGCUUCUCAUGGUAAUCAUUAUAGCCAUGGAAAUUCCAACAGUUAUGGUGGGGGGAGUAGCAACGGUGGCGGAGGUAGUUACUCCUUUAAUCCACAAACUUCGGGGGUUUUCCAUCUAAACAAUCUUAGCCAGUAUGCCUUGGGACUAACAUAUUCUGUGCCAUCAUCAAUUUCAUCCACAAAUGGUGUCAGCAGUAAUGACACUGUACAGAACUUGCCUGAGAUUUUGGACCUGAUUGACCGGCUCAAGCAGGCCAAAAAUGACAAGAAAAUCACGGCCAAUCCAUUCUGGGCAGAGCAGCAGGAAGCAUUGCCCGGACCCAAACGGUUUUUAUCAUUUACGAUAUCUACAAAGCCUAUAACGCCUUAUAACACACCAGUAGCAAGUUCUGAUGUGGAAUCACCUCCUCUAUCCUUGCCAAUGUUACAACCACAACAAAGCUCCUCAUCAAACGGACCCAAUGGCAGUAUAGCGCCAUCCGAUGAGGGCAUGAUUUUCCGCAAAUACUCGGAACCAGCCGACAUUUAUGCAAAUGUGCGGCAACCGUACUCUUAUACACCGGCAUACCACCAACUGACACUGUAUAUACGGACACGGUUCACCCGCGAGCAGCAAAUGCGCAUUGCACGGUGCAUGGCUUCUUACCGGCCCUCGUUUAUUGCAUGCACCAAUACGUUAAAAGAGGAUGACCUGAUUUUCAUGGAGCAGUGUUUCCAACGAACGUUGUUGGAGUAUGAAAAGUUCAUUUCUUAUUCAGGUACUCCAACAGUUGUGUGGCGACGAACAGGUCAAGUUGCAGCUGUAGGCAAAGAGUUUUGCAUGCUAACUGGGUGGCCGCGAGAGCGGUUGCUUAACGAACACACAUUUAUAGUUGAGCUUAUGGACGACAAAUCUGUGUUGGAAUAUUUUGAAAUGUUUUCAAAGAUGGCUUUUGGUGACUCGCGUGGAGCCAACAUGACCGAAUGCACCUUGUUGACGCCGCAGGGCAAACACAUUAAAACGUCAUCGACGUGGACAUUAAAACGUGAUGUUUUUGGCAUCCCCAUGAUGAUUGUGGGAAAUUUUCUUCCCAUUCUUAAUUAA